UUAGUCGCGCGCCGGUUGUGAAAAGAACAUGGUGAAGAUUCGCAUCGCUCCACCGUCGCCUUCCGGGAAAAUGACCGAAGUCCUCCCGUGUCCGCUGUCCGUUGAUUUUUCGUGUUUCUACGACGGUGAAAAAGAACUCGCCCUGGAAAUGGACGCAGUGUGUGCGAAAGCGCGCGACGCCCUGGCGAAGCGCCUGGAGUCUGAGCUGCGCGCCUCCCACGCCGGCAGAUUCCGGUUCGCGCUGCCGCCGACGCUCCUGAGCGACGUCGCCGACACCGUUCUACAACUCGCCAGCGCCGAGCCCUACGGCAUCCGGGGCUGCCGGCUGCACGUGGACCUGGAGACGGGCAAGCAGGCCGGGGCAGACCAAAGCCAGCAGCGGCUGCGGCUCGCCACAUUCAAGUGUGCGCCCGACACCGUCUCCACGUUCGAAGUGUUCGUCACCCUGCGACAGGAGACCUCGUGGAAAGUCGCCCUGCCACACAUCCUCAAGAACCUGACGAGCGGUGGAGUGGUGGUGUUGAGUCAGGACUUCACCAUCGCCAAGAAGAGCCUCUUCCGGUCUUACUCGGGCUGAACGCGCCAACCACCACUCUUUCCCAAGCAGGAGGGCGACGCGCAGACGCAUCAUCUCGAGAGAAACAAGACUGAACCGUCCGUCAUUUCCACAGCAAUUGUUGUUAUUCUAUUUCAAGUUCCCACGAGAUUUCUGUCCUCGGCACGUAUUGUCUGCAUUAGGAUUAGUGUGUGAGCUUGAACGGUGCUGUGUACCUGAAUCUUGGUGUCACAACGUUGUAUUCUGAUUUGAAAAGCCGAGAACAGAUUUGUUUAUGUUCCUAAAUAUCUCUCAGGACUGUCUUUCAUGCUACUGUACCUGAAUUUUCAUUCAUCAUUCGCACAUAUUGUCAUUUUUGAGAGAUUUUAUAGUCUAUUUUUUCUCUGUUUCCUUCAUUACAUGCUUUUCUUUUGUAGAACUUAAGUUUCUUGACGGCUACUGUAUUUUAUGCAUUUUGUUCACAGAUUCUGCACAUUGCAGUCGUAAUCAUUUACAUUGUUUUGUAAUUGUUGUAAUGUGUUCUUUUGUACAAAGACAACAACGAUGAAAAAUAUAAGACUGAACUAAAUA